AUGGCGUCUCCUGGGAUGACCUUCGUCGAGGGCACAAAGCAACACGAUGGUCCAGUGACGGCAGCGGUGCCUUCUGCACCACAUGCUCCAGCAGAGGACGCUUGCCUGUACUGCAAAAGCGCGCCGCGGACGUACGAGACGGAUGGAUGUGGACAUGAAGCUGCAUGUAAGAAGUGUGCAAUGAAGACUGCUACUGGUGGCAAAUGCAAGGUCUGUGGGCAGCUCUUUGCGGGCUGGCGACAGAUCUGA